AUGAAGAUUAUAAGACAAUCAUCACUUGGAAAUAUUCAAGUGCUUUCAUUUCUUUUAUUUAGUGUCACAAUCAUUGGCACUUUAAUCAGUAAUUAUUUUUUUAAUAUAGAUUAUUGUGCAAGAGAAAGGAUUUAUGAAAGUAAAAAAGUAUCGACACAAUUUUUUCACCACUUUCAUUUGAUAACUUCAUUUGCAUGUGUAAUAUUAAUUGGCCUUCAAUUGGCAUUUUGGAAUCCUCUAAAAUUAAAUUCACAAAGAAUUGGUGGUAGAUUUAGAUUUAAUGACAGAUCAGUAUUUUUAUUAUUAUUUACAUUAUUAUGGUAUGGUUCAACCUAUUGUUUAUGUUAUUUAUUAAAAAGAAUAUUAGAUGAUAAAACAUGUAAUAGGACACACAAUAGCGUUUCAGGACAUUUCUUAUUUCAUUCUUUUUAUUUCAUAGCAAUACCUUAUUGGGUUUUAACUAUUGGUAGAUUACAUAAUAAACAAAUGAAAGAAAUGAAAGAAUCUGAAAAAUUACCAUCAUCAUCAUCAUCGUCAUCAAAAAAUCAAAAAUCACCAAAAUUAAAAAAUUCAAAAGAAAGAAUACCAACAAUGGAACCAAGACAUGAACUAAGAUUGAUUAAAAGAUUAUUCACCGAAAAUAUAACAUCCUUAUUAAUUAUUAUAUUUUAUGGUUUAUACAUUUACUCUAGUUAUGUUAAUUUGGAUAAAACUUGGGUAGAUGGUUUUCAUUCAUUAAGACAAAUUUUAUAUGGUUUAAUUUUAUCAUUCCUUUCAUUAUAUCUUUUAUUAUUUGUUACUUCAAAAUGUAAUAAUUUAGAUAAGAAAUCAUCUUGUCUUAAAUUAGUAUUAUCAUUAGGUGGAUUUUGGAUUAUUUCAAUUUUAUUAUUAAAUUAUUUCAAUACUCGUAUUCCCUUUAAAUUGUUUGAAAAAGUUUUAUUCUCUUUUUGUUAUUUAUUCUUAAUUUACUUUUCAAUUUAUAGAUCAAAGAAUCUGGUUGAAUCUAAAAAGAUUAAAAAAGAUUAA